AUGGCGAUUGACACAAUACCCUACCGCGAUGCCGACAACCUAGUCCAUGCGCAAAAGGCCUUCUAUCCUGUACGCAUACCUGUCUCACAUUGGCAACUCCGCCACUACAUCUCCUCCCCCGAACCCGACCUCCUCUACUACGCCAGCAGCCACGACAUCUACUGCCUGAACACCACUACCGAGAAGCGCAAACUCGUCGCCACUUUGCCCUUCGAAGCGAGAUGUACGGCUGCGGGUCACGGCUGGGUGUGUGUUGGCGGGGAGGACGAGGGACAUUUCGCUGCGAUCAAGUUGGAUGGUGGGUCCCGGACAUCGCUGGACGUCGACUCUGCUCUUCCGCUUGAGCCGUGGCGGUCUAACACGUACAGUAGUGUGGAGAGUGGGCGUCGAGCGGCGAGUGUCAAGGUGGAGAGGAUUGGAGAGGAAAUCGUGAACAGCAUCUCCAUCCACCGGAUACAGGACGAGGAGGCCCAUCUAGACGAUAUCGUCGCGGUGCUCACGAAUAACGAUAAGACGGUACGGGUAUACAGUCUACCCCAAGGCGUAGAGACGACAGUCCUGGAUCUGCCCUUUGCUAUGAACCAUGCCACUAUUUCCCCGGACGGACAGACUUUGGUGGCUGUGGGUGACUUCAACCAAGCUUACUUCUUCCAACGAGAAUUGAGUGUGCCUCCGCCUCAGAUCCCGAAACCGCAUAAUCGGCUCACGAGCUCGAGUUGUGAGUGGACGCUUAUGAGCGUGGUGGGUUUGCAUGCGGCGGAGACUACAUCUGGCUACUUCACUACCGCAUGGUCUCCCAACGGUCAUCUUGUUGCUGUGGGGUCGGAAGGCGGCUAUGUCACCGUCUUCGAUAUGGAGAUGUUGAUGAGUUCGGAGGUUGACGACGAGGAUGCGAUUGUGGCGGUCGUGCCGGGUUCAAGACCGGAAUUGUCCUCCUUUCCCGGUGCUGUGCGAUCGAUGAUGUUCGCGCCGGAUCCGUGGGAUCUGCUUAUUUGGGCGGAGGAUCAGGGGCGGAUAUGUAUCGGUGAUUUGCGGACGGGGUUGAAGACGAAGCAGGUUGUGAAUCUGGAGCCGAAGGAUGCCGGGCUGGAGAAGCUGGUGUAUGAGGAAGCGCCGGGGGAUGGGCUCCCGGCUGCGAAUAUUCCUGCGCCAUCGAGAGAUAUACAUGAUCUGGAACAGGAAUUCUUGAGACGAUACGGACAGGCGGCGCCUGAUAAUGCCACGGCUGUCAAUUUUGCUACAGAGUACAUUGAGGCACGAAGGCGGCAACGACAGCAACGGCAGGAUAUGGCUAGUCUACGCUCUGUGGCCAACUCAGCUGGUGUCAGUGCGUUGGAAGACGAUCCGCAAGGUCUUACGGCUCGCGAGCAGCAGAUCUUGGAGAGUCUACGGACGACGAGACAGCGGGAAGAGGCACGGGCACAUGGUAGUGGGAAUAGUGCAGCGGGAGUCACCUACACAAGUCCGGAAUUGUUCCAUGCAGAGUCCCGCUCGGCAACGCCAUAUACUCGUGACCUUUCUGGCUCCGCAAGGCCGAUAAGUGAGAUCCUCAACUCCGUCCCGGAUUCUUUCCCAGAACUCUCACGAUCUAGUGGUACGAACACCACGAGCACAGCUUCCGACCAACCACCUAUGCUCCCCUCUCUCGACGAAAUCCAAGACGUGGUCUCCGGCCGCCAACGAUCUUCCGGCUCCUGGCUCUCGAGAACAAUCGAGGGUUCACGCCUCCCUCGUCGUCGAGCCUCCGUCGUCCUUCCGCCUUCUUACGCAGGCGCGAUGCCGCCUAGUACCUCUCACGCAGCGGCUGGAACACCUCGAGGACACCGAGCUCCCGGCCAGGCUCUUUCGUCAACACAUCCGCAUCCAGGCGAUGAAGAAAACCCGUGGCGCACAAUCGAAGAGCACAUGACGCUUGCACGGGGUCCGCUGUUCGAAGGCGCAGCACAAGCAACUGCUUCCUCACCCCUCCCGCCUCCCUUGGCACCUUCGUCCUUCAGGCCUUCAGAGCAGGAACUCGAGGUCGAACUAGCCGCCGAACGCGCCCGAGCCCGAUCAUUAGCCCGACAACGCGAACGUGUACGCGGUAUGCGUACCACCGCCGCCGCGGAAGCCACGGGCGCCAAUGCCACUACUGCGUCUACUACUCCUCUAACAACAGAGCAGCAAGUCCGUCGUCUAGCGGGUUUUCCGGAGGGUUACGAGAUGCUUAUGCGGAGGGGUCAGGUGAGGGGGAUGGGGAUGGGGUUUACGGGGGCUGGGUCGAGGGAGGUUGGGGUCCGGACGGCGGGGUUGGCGGUUAGUGGGGAUGGCAGGCGGUUGUGGGCGGCGUGUGAGGAGGGGAUUUUCGAGGUGGAAAUUAAUGUUAAGGGGAGGUUGUUUUGGCCUAGUGUUGAGGUGAGGUGA